UUCUGUGAACACAUUUUAGUCUCUAAAUUUAUCGCAAGGUGUGUGUUCACUUCAAAGGAGUCGACAAUCAUUAAAAGUUCCGGAUUGGAAUUUAUGGCAGUGUUUUAAACAAAGUGCAUAAACGUUGCGAAAUUUACAGAAUGAGAUCGCCGGUAUCAUAUAUUUUCAUCGGACUUUGCGCCCUCAUUGCUUCCAAUGAGGGUCUUGAUUUAGGUUUUAAGAAUAUCCUCAUCUCUACGGGCGAUGUAACCGCGGGGGUCAUCAAAGAUGUUGGCAAUAAAUUGCCAACUCCCAAGGGAUUGUUUGAGACUAGUAAGCAGUUGGUUGCUGGCUAUCCAUUUGAAUUUGUGUCAUCAGCAGUUAAUCAACUUUGUGCUUCGGCUUUGUCAUCCAACACAAUAACUCCCAAAUUUUCUCCCAACAUCGAAAAGUUAAAUUUUCAACUGAGAACAGCAUGCAAUCGUUACAGCCACCCACUACUCAAGGCCAGUGAAAUGUGGACAAGCCCUGAGUUUCAGCCCAACAAGAAGGUAGUAAUUCUAGCCACAGGUUGGACCACCACUGUUAAUGACACUGAACUCAUUGAUGUGUUCGCCAAAGCCUAUGCCUGUAGAGGCGAUGUAAACUUUGUGGCAAUAGAUGCUGCUUCAUUUGUCGAUACUCUGUACACUUGGUCAGCCUUUAAUACCGAGGACUUGGGUAUGCACAUUGCAGUAGGUCUCGAGCAAUUGGUCAAAAUUGUUCCCACUGAACGAAUCCAUUUGAUUGGCCACAGCUUGGGUGCUCAUAUUAUGGGAGCUGCUGCUCGUUUCUUCCACGAGAAAACUGGCAAAAUGAUACCUCGUGUUACAGGCUUGGAUCCAGCCAAACCCUGCUUCAAUGAAGGGGAAGCCCUUUCGGGUCUGAUGCGUGGUGAUGCGGAAUUCAUAGAUGUAAUUCACAGCAAUUCUGGUGUGUUGGGUAAACGCAAUCCCACGGGAGAUGUUGAUUACUAUCCAGGCGGUUUAGAUCCCUUACCGCCAGGCUGCGUUAGUGUUACUUGCGCCCAUGCCAGAGCUUGGGAAUAUUUUGCGGAAACAGUCUACCCAGGUAAUGAAAACAAUUUCUUGGGUGCCCGCUGCACGUCGUUGACACGCUUGCGCGAAGGCAAAUGUCCAAAACAAGAAGUGCCCAUGGGUUAUUCAGCUCCCACAAAUGUCAAGGGCAGUUAUUUCAUGGAAGUUCGCGGUGAAGCACCAUUUGGUAUGAAAGGUGAUAAACAUCGUUCAUUGGGCUAUGAGAAAUGCGGAUCUUGCCCUGAAGCAAACAAGGAACAGACGUCACAGAAAGCGGAAAGCAAAUCAAGUUAAUCAAAAAUCUCCCAAACAUUUCCAUUGUUGAAAAAAUACACAUGUAUGUUAAGAAUCUUGUUAUAAGUGCGUGCAGUUGUUUUGUUAGUCAAGACAAUAAUAAAAAAGCCAUACUCACGAGAAUGUCGUCAAAACCGGAAA